AUUUCAGAAAGAGCAAUGGAAAUUGGAUGGAUGACCAGUCUGAGACAAAGGCAAGUCCUAGUUUUCUUUGUUUUGCUGAGCGUGUCUGGGGCGGGAGCCGAGUUAGGGCUCUAUUCAGUAGUGGAAGAAACGGAGAAAGGUGCCUUUGUGGCAAAUCUGGGAAAAGACCUAGGGUUGGGGUUGGCGGAGAUGUCCACCCGCGCGGCUCGUAUCAUUUCUCACGGGAACAAAGAGCAUUUGCAGCUCAAGGUUCAGACUGGGGAUUUGCUCGUAAAUGAAAAACUAGAUCGAGAGGAGCUAUGUGGUCCAACCGAGCCUUGCAUAGUACAUUUCCAAGUGUUAAUGGAAAAACCCUUAGAGGUAUUUCAGGCUGAACUGAGAGUGCAAGACAUAAAUGACCAUUCUCCAGUGUUCGCUGAAAGAGAAAUGAUUCUAAAAAUACCGGAGAACAGUCCUCUAGGAAUCGCAUUUCCUCUGAGUAAUGCUCUGGACUUGGAUGUAGGAAACAAUAAUGUUCAGAACUAUAAAAUCAGCUCCAACUUCCAUUUCCGGGUUCUAACCCGCAGUCGCAGCGAUGGCAGAAAAUACCCUGAGCUGGUGUUGGACAAAGAGCUGGAUCGGGAGGAGAAGCCUGAAAUCCUAUUAACCCUGACGGCACUGGAUGGCGGCUCUCCGCCUCGGAAUGGGACGGCCCAGGUGCGCGUUGAAGUGGUAGACAGCAACGAUAAUGCCCCGGAGUUUGGGCAAUCUCUCUACAAGGUGCAUGUUCUGGAAAACAGCCCAGUAGGCUCCCUGGUGGUCACUGUCUCUGCCAGCGAUUUAGACAGUGGAGUUAAUGGAAAAAUAUCAUACACAUUCUUUCAGCCUUCAGAAGAUAUUACCAGAACUUUGGACGUAAAUCCUAUGACAGGCGAAAUUCGGCUGAGAAAACAACUAGAUUUUGAAACAGUUCUGUCUUAUGAAGUGGACAUCAAGGCCACUGAUGGCGGAGGUCUCUCAGGAAAAUGCACUUUCCUCCUGCAGGUGGUGGAUGUCAACGAUAAUCCCCCACAAGUGACCAUAUCUGCACUUACUAGCCCAAUCCCAGAGAACUCUCCUGAUGUUGUAGUUGCUGUUUUCAGUGUUUCUGAUCCUGAUUCCGGAGAAAACGGGAAGACUAUUUCCUCCAUCCAGGAUGACCUUCCUUUCUUUCUAAAACCUUCAGUCAAGAACUUUUACACUUUGGUAACGGAGAGAGCACUAGAUAGAGAAGAAAGAGCCCAGUACAACAUCACCAUCACCGUCACCGACCUGGGGACACCCAGGCUGAAGAGCGAGCACACCAUCUCCGUGCAGGUGGCCGACGUCAACGACAACGCCCCGGCCUUCAGCCAAAGCGCCUACACCCUGUGGGUCCGCGAGAACAACGGCCCCGCCCUGCACAUCGGCAGCGUGAGCGCCACCGACCCGGACUCGGGCGCCAACGCGCGGGUCACCUACUCGCUGCUGCCGCCCGGCGACGCGCGCCUGCCGCUGGCCUCGCUGGUGUCCAUCAGCGCGGACACCGGGCAGCUGUUCGCGCUGAGGCCCCUGGAUUUCGAGGCGCUGCGCGCCUUCGAGUUCGGCGUGGGCGCGGCCGACGGCGGCUCGCCGGCGCUGAGCAGCCGGGCGCUGGUGCGCGUGCAGGUGCUGGACGCCAACGACAACGCGCCCGUCGUGCUGUACCCGCCGCAGAACGGCUCUGCGCCCUGCACCGAGCUGGUGCCGCGCGCGGCCGACGCGGGCUACCUGGUGACCAAGGUGGUGGCGGUGGACGGCGACUCGGGCCAGAACGCCUGGCUGUCGUACCAGCUGCUCAGGGCCACGGAGCCCGGGCUGUUCGGCGUGUGGGCGCCCAGCGGCGAGGUGCGCACGGCCCGGCAGCUGAGCGAGCGCGACGCGCCCAGGCACAGGCUGGCGGUGCUGGUGCGCGACCACGGCGAGCCGCCGCUGUCGGCCACCGUCACGCUGCACGUGCUGCUGGUGGACGGCUUCUCGCAGCCCCACCUGCCGCGGGCCGAGGCGGCGGCCGAGCAGGCGCGGGCCGAGCCGCUCACCGUGUCCUUGGUGGUGGCCCUGGCGGCGGUGUCGUCGCUGUUCCUGCUGUCGGUACUGGGAGUCGUGGCGGCGCGGCUGUGCGCGAGGGCCCGGGCGGCGUCUGCGGGGGUCUGCUCGGGGCCCGGGGGCGGCCUUGCGGGCCACCUGGUGGACGUGAGCGGCGGCGGGACGCUGUGCCAGGCCUACCGCUAUGAGGUGUGCCUGUCGGGAGGCUCGGGGACCGGCGAGUUCAAGUUCCUCAAACCGGUUCUCCCUCAUCUCGGGUCCCAGAGCACGGGGAAAGAAGUGGAAGAAAAUCCUUCCUUUCAGAAUUUCAGGAUUUAAUUAUUGAUAGCAGCCUAUUUAAGUAAGACAUUAA